AGUUGAUUGAUCACUGAAAUCAUGGCCGAUCAGGAAGUCGUCCUCCAAGAAAUUGUGGCGGAUGUUGCACCAGGCACCAAUCCGGUGGCGGUGGCCAAGAGAGAGUUCCUCUUAAAUCAGAGUCGAGGUUUGACUUUACAGGUGGUGGGAAAGUUACAGGAGUCCUUCUGGGAAGCUGCGGCUGCAGAAGUCGAGUGCAUCGAAAUUCCACCACCUGAUGAGGAGGCCGCAGCGAAAGCAGCAAGAACUACACGAUGGCGGCGGGUGCUAACGUCCACAGGAGCAGCAUUCUCGGAAGAAUGUAAUAGGUAUGUCAUCAGUGCGUCGGAGAGAGCACGGAAAACAUUGACGAAGACUCCUGAAGUUGACCUCCCCAGUUUGGUCCAGAAAGCCACCGAACGAACUGGACUCGAGAUACCACAAAUACUUAUACCAACGGCUAAGUCCGUAGCAGCGGUGAAAGAUGGGAAGUUUGUUGAGCUGGCAGAGUUCAGGAACUCCUUCGUGGAGAAGUCCGAGGGCACUGAAGUGAUGACGAGCAUUCAUGGAGAAGUAAUACAAGUACUGAAGCCCCGAAAAAGGGCAGAAGAUCUGUUUGUGCCGAGCUCUGAGAUUGCGGGAUGUCUAUUCCGAUGGGCCACUGCAGUUUGGUUGGCUUAUCCAGAAGGCAAUUAUCUUUUGUUAUUUGCCUAUGUUAUGAGGGUUCUGAACUUUGGCGCCCAAGGCUGGGGUCGGGCAAUGUUCUAUGACCGUUAUCAUAGACAGUCAGUCCCCCGUAGAUUAGCGAUCAAGAAGGGUGCCUCAAUUUAUGAUAUGUACUCUGAUGCGGUAGUCACCGACUCCUUCGGCGAGGCAAAGCUCAAGUACACAGGUGAGUCGAAUUCCCAACCUCUGAAACCAGGCAAUAGCUCUGGUCAAGGCAAGGGAGCAAGAACCUCCAAGGGUGGUAAUGGUGGCAAAGUCUUAAAUCGGUCUGGAAAGGGUAGCAGAGCAGGCAAAGGUGGCCCUUAUACAUAUCCGAAGUCUACAGACAGCAAACCAACGAAGGAUGAGGCCAAUAGAGGCUAAGGUGACGUGCUUAUUC